UCCAUUGGAUGGAGGAGUUCGGGGUGCGGAAGGGCUCCCCCUCGUGGGCACGUCGCCAACCGCCAGACUCCCAACGGCUCCCCUCCGGGGCCGUCCACCCAAGAACACUGCCCAGAUGCGGGUAUCUCCAGCAGAAACAAUUCGAAAGAUGCUCUCCAGUGGGGUGUGUACCUCCAGCACCCAGCUUCCUGGGAAGGUCGUGGUGGUCACAGGAGCCAACACAGGCAUUGGCAAGGAGACAGCCAAAGAGCUGGCACAGAGAGGAGCCCGUGUGUACUUAGCUUGCCGGGAUGUGCAGAAGGGGGACUCGGUGGCCAAAGAGAUCCAGAGCACCACGGGGAACCCGCAUGUGUUGGUCCGGAAGCUGGACCUGGCCGAUACCAAGUCGGUUCGAGCCUUUGCUGAGAACUUCCUAGCAGAGGAGAAGCAGCUGCACAUUCUGAUCAACAAUGCAGGAGUGAUGAUGUGUCCCUACUCCAAGACAGCAGAUGGCUUUGAGAUGCACAUGGGCGUCAACCACUUGGGUCACUUCCUGCUCACUCAUCUGCUCUUAGGGACACUAAAGGAAUCAGCCCCAUCCAGGGUCAUCAAUGUGUCCUCCUUGGCACAUCACCUGGGAAGGAUCUACUUCCAUAACCUGCAGGGCGAGAAGUUCUACAAUGCUGGUCUGGCCUAUUGCCACAGCAAGCUAGCCAACAUUCUCUUCACGCGGGAACUGGCCCGGAGGCUGAAAGGCUCUGGCGUGACGGCGUAUUCCGUGCACCCCGGCACGGUCAACUCGGAACUGAUUCGCCACUCAGCGGCCAUGAGAUGGAUGUGGCGGCUUUUCUACUUCUUCAUCAAGACCCCCCAGCAGGGAGCGCAGACCAGUCUGUACUGCGCCCUAACAGAAGGGCUCGAGAGUCUUAAUGGCAAUCAUUUCAGCGACUGCCAUGUGGCCUGGGUCUCAGCCCAGGCUCGGAAUGAAACGGUAGCAAGGCGGCUGUGGGACGUCAGCUGUGAGCUUCUGGGCCUCCCCACCGAGUGACAGCUGUCCCCGUGCCAAUACCUGGAUUCUUUGCGGACCCUCAGCCUCAUCUAGAUUAUGACAUGACCUUGUCUGCGACAGCCUAAAGCCUCCGCCACUAAGACGUGUUUUCCAGUCUCAGAGGGGAUUCCUUUUUCUAAGACGUUUACAGGAAUAGGGAAAAGGCAGAAAAUUAAAUCAAGUUCAACUCAUCUUCCUGCCUUUCUCAGAUCCGUCCCGGGGUACUGGAGAAGGCAGGCCGCCGAGCCAGCCCACAGAUGGGGGCCUUCUUUUUGUGCCUU